AUGAGAAUGCCGUGGCAACAAAUUUACCCAGGCUACUACGAGCGUCCCCCGGAUGUCCUCGAAAGCCUGCACUUUCACGCAGCCCGAGUCGUCUCCCAUCUGGGCAAGACACAGCACACGAUUAGCACUUCACUCCAGCUCAGCACCGCUCCACCUGCGGAAGAUGUGCGAAGGGCGUGGAUAGCGUUGCGUGUCAAACACCCGCAAUUAGGUGCACUUACAGACGAGGCCGGUACUAAGGUUACCUAUAUCGUUCCCUCAGGCGAGGAUUUGGAGGAGUGGCUACAGGAGUCCCUCACCAUUUAUGAUACCACGGACACUCGCACCGCCGAUGAUGUGGACGCUAAUAUCCAGGAGUGCCGAUGGCUAGCACUGUAUUAUUUUCCAUCAAGCCGGGAGCUGCUUAUCCGGACGCCACACUGGCGGGCGGACUCUAUAGGGUUACUUCUUCUUCAGCAUGACCUUCUGGAUAUCCUGACACAUGGACCCCCAUCAGACACCCCAGUCUUCGACGGCUCCGAGCUGGCCCGUUUUCCGCCGACAUUCACGGAAGGGGCCGGUAUGCCAACAGAAGCCACACCUGAGAUGAACAAAGCUGUCGAUGAAAGUUUGGCCGUGAUGCUGGUAGGAUCGCCUCCCGUAACGCUCCGAGAGGUGCGGCCAGGUACGGUUCCGGAGACCUCACAACGUGCAGUGACACGGUUUUCUCAGGAUCUAAGUCGACGGUCUUCGCGGCCUCCAAGGCCCGAGGGAUGA